AUGAAGAGAUUUGAAGAGUUGCAAAAGGGCUGGACAAGUAUGACGGGGCAGGCGCCAAGUCUCCUGUUCCGGUUCACCGACACGGAGGUCGCCAAGAUGGAGGAGGUCCUCCGUGACCUCAACGCCAUGCCCAAGCAUCAUGUCAUCCAGGGCCUCACCGACAAUUUGAACGCCUCCCCGGACCGCUCCGGCGACGGCAAGGUCCCUGUCCAGUACAAUCAGGUGAGGAAUUGGUUCCAGAACCGGAUGUCCGUGCAGUCCAGGAAGAUGAUGGUCCCCCCAGUGGCCGAGGAACACCACCCAGUGGCCGGAUCUUACUCAGGGAAUAGUUCUUCGGAUGGUGGCCAUGUCCAGUUUGAGGCAAAGUCAGCAAGAAAUGGCGCAUGGUACGAUGUUGCUGCCUUUAUGUCCCACAGGUUCAUUGAAACGAGGGACCCGGAAGUACUAGUUCGAUUUACUUGGCUUGGACCCGAGGAGGAUGAAUGGGUUGAUGUUUGUAAAUGUGUGAGAGUGCGUUCUCUUCAAUGUGUUGAUGUGCUGCCUGGGGAUCUCAUUAUGUGUUUUAAGGAAGGUAAAGAGCAGGCCCGCUAUUUUGAUGCACAUGUUCUUCAAGUUCAAAGGCGCAGGCAUGACGUAAGGGGGUGCCGCUGCAGGUUUCUUGUUUGUUAUGAUCAUGAUCACUCUGAGGAUCAUUGGGGCAUCUACAAUGCAAGAGCGCUUAAUCGGGAGUUUGUUCCACUGAGCAAUGUAUGCCGUCGAUCAGUGCACCAAAAAGCCCAAAAGCCGCACGAGAUGAUGGAUGUCAACACUGACAAGGUGACCGGGGGCGGGGUUCCCAUUCCAUCAGAUCAAGGAGGUCCGUCUGACAAGCCGGUUGCUCCCUUACUUGACUCGCCUACUAGCACUGGCAGCAAUUCAGUGGCAGAUGUUGAGGCGGGGGGUAUGGAGGCUACCCCAAAUGGUGAUGGUGCAGAUGAAGCACAUGGCGACAAGAUUGAUGUGGGAGCGUAG